AUGGACUCACAGAGCGGGAUCAUAUCUACGCUCAAAUACAUUGUUGCGGACGAAAACGCAAUCAAGAAUGCCAAAAUCGAAAACUGCAUUGGCUCAGUCAAGAUCCCCGUGGGCCUUGCUGGCCCUCUGAGGAUCAGAGGCACCGAUGGCACCGAUGGCGUCUUCCACGCCCCAUUGGCAACUUGCGAAGCUACAUUGGUAGCGAGUUGCUCCCGUGGGAGUAAGCUCUUCACCUCCAGUGGCGGAGUCCAAUUUAAACUACUCCGAGACACUAUGACGAGGGCUCCUGUCUUCUGGUUCUCCUGCGUGGAGGAUGCCGCAUCAUUUUACGACAUGAUACCUCAACUAUUCUCCGAAUUCCGAGAUGUUGCACAAUCUACCAGCAAAUAUGCACGGCUUGUGAAGAUAAGCCCUCAAUUGGUGGGGAGUACUGUUCACGUCAUAUUUGAGUACUUUUGUGGAGAUGCUGCAGGCCAAAAUAUGGUCACAUUUGCUACACAGAAGGUAUGUGAUCAAUUCGCAGCAUCCAGUGCAGCUAAGGAAAAAAGACUCCAAAAGGUUUCUAUCGAGGGGCAACUUGCUUCAGAGAAAAGCUUAUCCUGGGGAAAUAUCUUACACUCGCGUGGCGUGUCUGUCAUAGCGUGGGGAAAUAUCACCAAACAGGCUUGCCAAAGCAGCCUAGGCUGUUCUACUUGGGAUCUUUACCAACUCAUACUGAAUAGCAAGGAGGCUGCUACACGAAACGGGCAGCUGGGCUAUAGUAUCAAUCAAGCCAAUAUUGUGGCUGCAAUGUUCAUCGCAUGUGGACAAGACGCUGCCAGUGUGGCAGAAUCAGCCUGGAGUCAAUUGACUGUUGAAUUCGAUCGGGAAACCGAGGAGAUUUGUGUGUCAAGCUAUUUUUCGAGUCUUCCAGUUGGAACCGUCGGAGGAGGUACUAUCUAUGAGACGCAGAGAGAGGCGUUGGAGAUUCUUGGAUGCACUGGCCCAGGGUCCAAAGGUCGUUUGGCUGGGAUAAUCGCAUCAUUCGCUCUUGCUCUGGAUAUUAGUACAGUUGCCGCUGUCACUAAUAAUACCUUUGCAGCUAGUCAUUAUAAAUUUGGAAGAUCUGCUGGUGGUGUAGAACAUAAGCUUUGA